CCGGGAAAAUGAAAACAAAGUCGGCCCUGGUCACUUAAGGUCAACAUUUGCUAGAUUGUCCCAUUAAUGGGAACCCGUGUGAUGAACGAAUUCUCGUACGAUUCCUUAUCGAAAAGAGAUGGAGACGAAAACCCUAUCUCUAUAAGGCACGAUAAAGAUGUCGAGAAUCUUUUUCAGGAUGCGCAGAAUACCGUACCGCGACAAACUGGGCCAGACCAAGUUCAGAAAAUGGCUGGCUUAAGUAUAGGAUUCUGUAGUCUUUUUGCUGAACAACUCCUAUCCCAUCCAUGUAUUGUUAUGAGAAGACAAUGCCAAGUGCAUCAUGCGGGAUUUUGGUAUCAUCUAACCCCUAUAUCACUACUUCAAACCAUCAUAAAUAUCCAAAGGACACAGGGCGGCGUGGUGCUAUGGAAAGGACUAGGCAGUGUGUAUAUAGUUCGAGGCAUCAGUAUGGUUUCUGAGACUGUGAUUAGUGAAGUGACAACUCUGCCAAGAGAGGCUUCUAGACAUAGUUCUAUUAAAAAGUUAGGCGGACACAUUUUAUUGAAAGGUUUGAUUUUUGCUGUCACAACACCCUUUUAUGCUGCCAGUUUAGUAGAAACAAUACAGAGCGAUAUUGCUAGUGAGAAACCAGGUGUGUUUGAUGUUCUGGUGGAAGCUGCUGCCAGGGUUGGGGCAUGGGGGGCACCCAAGACAUCACGGCAGGUGGCGGUCUGGCACCUGGCGCUGCCCACCAUGGUGUUCAGGUUGUCACACUACAUAGUCAACUCCAUCGCCCAGUUCACUGUCACAUCUGCCAUGCAUUUAGAGCAACAAGAGAUGAGGGAAUUGCCAGGUGGAAAUGGAAGAGAGCCGACAGCUUAUGAGACUUAUUUUCCAGAGCUCCUAGCAACAUUUACUGGUGGCUUAUUGGCUGACAUGAUCACUUACCCUUUAGAGACAGUGCUACACCGGCUGUAUGUGCAGGGAACCAGGACUAUCAUUGACAACACUGACAAUGGUUUGGGUGUUGUGCCUAUCAACACACGCUAUGAUGGUUUCAUCGACUGCUUCAGGUCUAUUGUGGCUGAGGAAGGCUUACAUGGCUUGUACCGUGGCUUCGGUGCUCUGGUCCUGCAAUACUCCAUCCAUGCAAUCAUUUUACGCCUUGCCAAAUUUAUGUUUGAAAAGUUGUCUAAAGAACUCAGCAAGACAAAAGCCAAGCCUAAAAAUUUACCAGGGCCAGGUGGUAGAGUCAGACUCUCCGAGUACAACUAUUUAGAAGGAGACAUUAAGAAAUAAAUUAUUUUAAAGGAAAAUAAAGUUUUAAAAUGUAAACUCAUCCCAAGUGUCAUGUGAUAUUUGAAGGAAAAGAUUGACAGUUAUAGAUUUUUGGUUUUGGAGUUAUAUUUUAAUUUUUAUGGAUCAGUGUUAAAAUUAUAUUUAGUUUUUCUCAAUUGUAAUUAUGUAUGAAAAUUUAAACCAAAACAAAAUAUUUAAUAUUUCCAUUUGCAAUUAUUUGGAUGUAUUUUACACCAUUGCAAGAUGUAAAAUGUACCAACAAUUAUACAUUGCUUUAUGCAUACUGUAUGUGAAAUGAAUACUAUCAAAACUAUGAUUUUUUUUUCAAUCAAGAAUUAAAUUUUUAAUUGAUUUUUUUCACAACCUUCACCAAGAAAACAUUAGUGUGAUAUACAUGAGAUGCUUCUAAAAAAAAUCAGGUUCUAGUUAGAUGUGAUAACAAUAAUUAGAACUAUAUACUACUGUAUCACACCAAUAUUGUGUCACCAAAACAUUGUCUUAUUUAUAUAUAUUGUGUCCCUAUAAGUAAAGUCACUUGCACACAGUCCUGUAUGCUUCCUCAAACAUUUUCCUACCCAGGAAAUGGGGAUGUUUUUUUCCUUUACCAUCAAAAGCAACACCAUGGAUCAGUGGUGCUAGUUCAUAGUGACAUGUAUGACUGACUGAACGUUCUGUUUCUUCACUGUAUGAAUGUAUGUAGAAAACAACUGUUCAGUCUUGCUGUAUACUUUGUUAAACAUGUGCAUUUGUGGCAUUGUUUCUCUGUGCGAUAGCUGAAUAGUUACUAAAAGCAUUAAGCUAAUUUGUUGCUAUUUUUGCAAGAGGAUAAUUACUUAGAAAUCCUAAUGAGUUAAUUAGCUGCUAUGAGUAAUCAACGUAGUGAACUUAAAUACUAGAUUGUAUCAGUGUAACAGCUGUAAUAUUAUAUGUUGAUAUUAGCAGUAAACAUUUAUAGACAUUUUUUUUGGUACAGGCCCUUUUGAUGGAUGAAUGGAAUGUAACUUUUUUACUUUUUUUUUCUUUACCAAAGAUUGUAGAAAGUGUUAUAGUAAAGACUGAUUUGUAGUGCUUGAAUGUUGUAAUAGUAGAAAGUUACAGUUCAAAAUGAUGUGUAGUGCGUUAAGUGUUGUAAGUUGAUUCUAAGGUGUUGUAAAUCUAUGGAUUUUUUGAAUGGUGUAGACCUACUUGUUAAAGCUUAUUUCAUCCAAUUUUUGCCCUUUUGUUACCAGUACUUGUUAAACUUGGUUAAACCAAAACAGAGUUUUUGAAAUAAA